AUGAUACAAGAACGUGCUGACUACAAGUCUCUUGAUCCCGCUGAUAUCCUCGAAAGGCUAAAUACUCACGAGUUCCAGCUUGCUGAAAAGAGAGAUCUCUAUGGUUUGAGCUAUGGCAAACCACAUGCCCUGAAGGCCAAGGCCGUGUCUGACUCUGAAUGUGAGGAUUCUGGUAGUAGCCUUGGUGAUCUUGAAGAAUUGAGCCAGGAGCUAGCACUGCUCGUGAAGAAAUUCCAGAAGUUCUCAAGACGUGGUCGCUUUGGAAAAUCCUCAAAAAGCAGCGAUUCCUCAUCUAGUGACUAUAAGAGAAGGCUGUGCCACAAAUGCAAGAAACCUGGUCACUAUAUUCAAGAUUGUCCUCAGUGGGAAAAGGAAAUGAAGAAGAAGAAAUACAAGGAUUACAGUUCUGAUGAUGUGAAGAAGAAGAAGAAAUCGUCAAAAUCUUCGUCAUCAAAAUCUUCGAAGUAUUCAUCUCACAAGAAGAGCAGCUCCAAGAAGGCUCGGGCAUUCAUUGGCAAGGAAAUGGACUCUGAAGCUGAAUCUGAGGAAAAUGAGGAAGAGGAGGCGUCUGAAGAAUCCGAAUCUGGUGUGGCGAGUCUGGCCUUCGCUACUGCUUUCGUUAGCAAGUCCAUCUUCAACACUGAAGAAACUGACUCCACCGGCAAACCUGAUGAAGAUAAUGAUGGCUACGCUCCCACCUAUUGCUUCAUGGCGAAAGGUGCAAAGGUACUCAAAUACAACUCCUCUGAAUCUAGUGAAAAUGAAUCUGAUGAGGAUCUCAAGCCCAGCUACUCUAAACUUGCUAAGAUUGCUGUGCUGCUAAUGAGGUUUCGCGUGGUUCUCCUACUGGAUUGA